AUGCCAUCCCGUAGCGGCACGGUGUCGGCGAGUGCAAAUGAAUCAAAGUUAGGCAGCAGUGGGACAAAAUCGGUGCUCUCAGCAACGAGUUACGUUCCCGCUGUACUCGCAAACCCGCUUUCGAUACGGGCAACAGUGCUCCGCAGGCCGGAGUUCUGUGAGGCGGUGUCACCUGAGUUGGUGGAGGAAGGUGACAUCCUUUUUGACAUUCUUGCCAACCCACUAUAUCAUCCUUCGCUCACUGGCGUAAGCAACAACGACGUCCAACCUUUGGUGCGGCGAUGCGGUGAGGCAGCUUCCAUCUCCGUGAACGGGUUUAGCUCUGCUCUCACACUUCCCGCCUCUGUUGGUAAGUUUUUUGUUGGUCAACCGUUUCGAGCCUUUUUAACUUUUCACAACGCUGCGACUUAUCCACUGGUCUCCAUGGGUUUCUCCAUUGACUGUCUGCACCCGACAUUGCAUCGUUCAAGGAUUGUGGAUUACGAUUGCCAUCAUCUGGAGGGCAAAGGCAACGUGUCGUUUACAGUGGAAUGUGCCCUUGAGGAACCAGGUCAGCAUACUCUCGAUGUGCUGGUAACCUACAUUGAUAUUGUCAAGGAAGCAAGGCGUCUAACCUGGUCCUUUAGCAUUCAGGCGGAGAAAACCAUCAUGGAAAUGAAUCGCGUUCUUCACGUUAUUCCUAUAACUCGACGUGGAAAAAAUAUACCUACUCAAUUGUGCGCGACAGGUCCCACAGUUGAGGAAAUGAUGUCAAAUAUCGCCUUGCCAACAAAAAAAUACGUUUUAUCAAUGUGCCUUCAAAACGUGUCAUCGGUGCCUCUGGUUCUUGUUAGCGUAAAACUGCACACUGAAGACGUCUUUCAGGUUUUGCCGCCGCCGCCGCCGCGUCACUCUACCGCGAAACUAGAUUGGUCCCCUCCGUCAUGGUGGCCUGCUGGUGUAGCGAAGCCGAAACAUGAUGGGGAGGCAUUUCGCAUGCACCACGCCUGUGGUGGAAAGGACGCUGUGGAAGACGUUUAUUUACGCCCAAAGGAUAAGCGGUGUUACUACUUUGAACUGGUUAUUAAGCCAGAUUUUCUUCGCUCGCUUCCAUUGCGUCACACUGCUACUGGUGUUGCCGGGGCAGUGGCGCCUUCCAACUUAACAGACGUUGGAUAUGUGGAAUGGAAGUGGUGUCGGGCCAACGGUGAUAGUGGCGUAGAGCGCAGCAGUCGGGUGCGACUUAGUCACCUUUUCUUGCAACCAACGCUGGAUUUUUUUGUAAGCAAUGUGACGCCAGAGACACCAAGAGUUGGAGAGCCCACAACCUUCGAGUGUGUUGUCGUUAACUACGACACGAAAAAACAGUUUGAUUUGUCUCUUCGGGUGCGGCCUGAUCUGUUAGCACCGUCCUUUUUGUAUGCAGGCCCACUACUGAGUCCUUUAGGCUUCAUUAAUCCUCGCGGUACCAUAACUUUUUCUGUGUCACUUCUACCGUGGCAACCGGGAUGGGUCACGCUGCAGGGAGGGUUAGAACUGUGUGACGCGCGGGAACCUUCAACUUUGUUGUGGCCACUGCCGCUGGAAAGAGCUCAGUCCUUGCUUUUUAAUUCACCGACAGUGUCAACGUCGGCGGUGACGGACACACCGGAGCCACCUUACCCCCCGGUGCUUUGCGAGCUACUUGUUUGCUGA